GUUCAUGUCCUUCAAAUCCACCCCUCACCCCUUUUUUGGGGGGAGAUUUUCGUGGUUCUCCAGCUCUUUCUUCCUCUCUCUCUCUUCCUAUUGUCCUUCUCGUCUCUCUUGUUCUUUCUCUCUCCUCAAAAGCAUUCCCAAACCCACCUGUAGCCCCUCACAAUAUGUCACCAUCACCCAUAAUCUUCAAGUCUUGAGCAAUCCACAUUUGUGGUUUUUUCAUUUCAUGCCCACAACCCCCCCUUUGUUUCUUCUUCUUCCUAUGUUUAUGUCGAGUUCUUGCUUGUUUCUUGAUUCAUACAAGAGCUCUUCAUUCAAUUAGGUUUGCGUGCAUGUUUCUUGCAACAUAUGUUUACCUACAAUAUGUGAAGUUACAUGGAAGUUGCAACGAGGAGGAGAGAAGAACAAGCUUCUUCGUUGGAAAAACUUUCUCCCUGUCUCAUCUCAAUUCUUCUCUGACAAGAUUCAGAAUUUUACAUGAGAAGAAAAGGUUACAGAUUGUUAAUAGUGCUUCAAUGAGUUUGCUUUUGUGAUAGGCAAAGGAACAUCUUUCGACAAGUUUCUGGUAUUGUCUUCUACUUUGUGCUUCAUAUCCUGGAAGACAACAGUUUCAUUGGAGCCGUACCUCGUUCAUGUGAACAGCAAUGAAAGGGAUCUACAAAGGAUUCAAAUAUAUGUCUCAAAUCUUUGUUGUGAAGGACCGUGAAAUAGAGAUUGGAUGUCCGACAGAUGUUAAGCAUGUGGCACAUAUUGGGUGGGAUGGACAAUCAGGGAGCGCUCCUACUUGGAUGAAUAAUUUCAAGACUGGGCCUGAUUUUGCACAAACAUCAAUUGGUAACUCCGGUUCUGCUCUUUCUCCAUGGUCGUCUCAAGAUUUUGGGGACUCCACACGACAGCAAUCCGAAACUGAGAUGUUCAAAGACACACCCCCGUCAGACCUUCCUCCUGUCAAGAAGAAGCCAAAACGGAAGAAGUGUAAGCCAGCUCCCUCCUCUCCAACGUCUAAUUCCGAAUCCACCUCAAGGGCAGCCAGAGCUGCAAAGUCGAAGAGCAAGUUUGUUGAGGAGAAUGCAAACCCGACAAACAUUGAAGUUGCAUAAAAGCAGAAAUGGGAAAAGGGAAUAUCGAUCAAUGCUUAUCAGAUUUCAUAAAACUCCUCUUAUUGUACUUUGGGAAAAUCCUAUGCAGAAGCCACAAAUUGAGUAGAUGAUGUUGUAGGAAAUUUCCAUUGUUUAGCUUGGGCACGUUUGCGAAUGCUAUUGAGGUGAUAUUUGAAGGGGGGGUUUAGAGA